AAAAAAAAAAAAAAAAAAAAAAAGACAACAAGUGAUAGCCUGUUAGUAGCCUACUAAGAAUCAUGGCGUUAAAGGCCAGAGUGCUGUAUGACUUCCACUCUGAGAACCCAGGGGAGAUCUCCAUAACAGAGAACGAGCUGGUGACUCUGUUCAACGAGGAGGAGCUGGAGGGCUGGCUGGAGGGGGAGAACAGCAGGGGGGAGGCCGGCCUCUUCCCUGCCUCCUACGUGGAGAUCAUCAGGGACCACAUCACCUCCAGCGCCACCAACAACAACAACAACGGCCUCUCCUCGCCCCCGACCAAAGCCCUGACGCCCACCCACACCUCCCACACGUCCUCGGGCACGCAGUCUCCGAGAGGCCUCGGGGCCGGCAGCGGUGGCAGCGGCGGAGGCAGCUUCCACACCAGCCAGGGCAGCGAUGACGACUGGGACGACGACUGGGACGACGCCCCUCCCGCUGCGGCCGACGCAGGGAAGCAGGGUCUGGGCAGCUCGCCCGCCAUGUACCCGGUGACCACCUCGUUGCCCGGGCGGCGCGAGAGCAGCCAGCAGCAGCAGCAGCAGCAGCAGGCCAAGGGCUCGGCAACAGUGGGGAGGAACCUCAACAGGUUCUCCACCUUUGUCAAGUCUGGAGGGGAGGCCUUCCUGCUCGGGGAGGCCUCUGCUUUUGUGAAGGACGGGGACCGGAUCUGCGUGGCGAUGGGGAAGCAUGGACCGGAGUGGCAGGAGGACCCGUAUCCGUUCCUGUGCACCAUCGACGACCCCACCAAGCAGACCAAGUUCAAAGGCAUGAAGAGCUACAUGUCCUACGGCCUGACCCCGACCCACACCAACGUGCAAGUCAACCGCAGGUAUAAGCACUUUGACUGGCUGUACGCUCGGCUCGUGGAGCGCUUCCCGGUCAUCUCGGUGCCCCACCUGCCAGAGAAGCAGGCCACCGGCCGCUUCGAGGAAGACUUCAUCUCCAAACGGAGGAAGGGACUGAUCUGGUGGAUGAACCACAUGACCAGCCACCCUGUGCUGGCACGCUGUGACGUUUUCCAGCAUUUCCUAACGUGCGGGGCGGAUGAGAAGGCCUGGAAACAGGGCAAGAGGAAGGCAGAGAGGGACGAGCUGGUCGGGUCCAAUUUCUUCCUCACAAUCAGCACGCCGGCUGUCCCGCUGGACCUCCAGGAAGUCGAGAGCAAGAUCGAAGGCUUCAAGACCUUCACCAAGAGGAUGGACGAGAACAUCGUGGUCGUGAACGCCACCAUCAACGAGUUCGCCCGCAAGCAGAUGGCAGGGUUCAAGAAGGAGUACCAGAAAGUCGGACAGUCCUUCGCACUCCUGGGGCAGGCGUUCGAGCUGGACCAGCAGACCUACUCAGCAGGCCUGAACAAAGCCAUCGCCUACACCGGCGAGGCCUACGAGGCGGUGGGAGAGUAUUUUGCUGAGCAGCCACGCCACGACCUGGCUCCCAUUUCUGACCUGCUGGACCUCUACAGAGGACACCUGGCCAAUUUCCCUGACAUCAUCCAUGUGCAGAAAGGUGCACUGACCAAGGUGAGAGACUGUCCAAAGCAGGAAGGUGAGCUCCACGACCGCUGCAACAUCAUUUCCUGCGCCACGCUGGCUGAGAUCCAGCACUUCCACCGCACGCGUGUACGGGACUUCCGCUCGCAGAUGCAGCACUACCUCCGCGAGCAGAUCGGCUUCUUCCAGAAGAUCACCGCCAAGCUGGAGGACGCGCUUCAGAGAUAUGACGAUGAGGAGUAGGAAGAGAGGGAGAUAACGGAGAAGUUGGACUACAAAGGCCUUGAGGAAACGGGUUGGGGGUGGGGGGGUUUAAAGUGGGGAGCAAAUAGGGAUGAUGGUUUCGUCCUCCAGUAAUAGAAAAUAAAUUUCGUCCUUUGAGAGAGAAAACUCUUUGAUGUUGGGUCUCCUGGGCCUGGUACAAGCAUUGGAAGAAAUAUACUACUCGUUAUUGAAAGAAAAUAUAGGCCACUGGGCUGUGGAAUGACAACUUCUUGGAUUAUCUGGACGGCUCUGAUUAAUGUAGCAGUGACAGGGAUCUUGCUGACACUCCAGGCACAUCUUGCAACUCAGCGGGACUGCAACAGAUAUUAAAAACAGCUGCUCUCAAUGUGAUGGGGCUGCCUCUCCAGUCCCGGUUUCAGGGUCACGUGAUGUCUCCAUGCCUCCACUGCCCUCCCCGCUUCACUGAAGCCCUGCGUCCGGGAACACAGUAACUCAACAGAAACGUAGACACGAAACUCCCCAAAAUCGCUUAAACUGGAUGUUUUAAUGAUUGAAAGACAGGACUUAAUGAAUUGAAUGAUUUUUGUUAUCUCUACAUGUGUCUGUUUUUACUUGAAUGACCUGUUCAGUAUUGUUUUGAUGGGACGUGAUUGUUUUGAUGGGACGUGAUUGUUUGUGAAUAUGGAACGAGGCAAAGUGGGCGUAAAGUUGGAUUUCAUUACAUCUUGAAAUUUGACCUACUUCUGAUGUCUAACAUCCCUCACAACUCGGAUGCCCUCCCAUCUUUAGAUUAUAAUUGGAAGCCCUGUGUUCUGCAUUCUAGUUUAUGCCUUGCCAGACCUAAAACAAUAAUUGAUCUCAGACGAUCUGCUUGUUUUGAGAAGUAGCUCCACAGUUCUAUUUCUUUGGGUUGCUGCGGGCCUUGGGUUAUUAAAACUCAAUGUCCACAUCUGUCUCUCUGCUUUCCGUCAAUCAGGAAAGGUCAGAGGUAAGGCCCAGGGUACUAAAGACCAUAGACUGUAUUAAAGAAGUGGAUGUAGCUUCCAGGAAAAGUAAAGCCAAUGAGAAAGUGCCUUAAACCUGCAUUCUAUCUCAUUUCCAGCAGGAGGUUACUUCACUGGUUGCAAAAAGAAGUAAGUCCGAUUGAGUAAGUCUGAUUGUAUAGACGUCUAUGAGACAAUGACCCAUGCCUUGGGGCGGGGAUACCUUGUGAUUGACACGUCGCUACCACUGCAACCUGUCAAUUAUGAUACAGGCUUAGCAAUGCCUAUCCAUGGCAAUGUGUACAUUCAAAUAGCUGUGAACUUGUUUUUGGGCGCUGUCCGAGUUUUCGUCUUAGAAUUUUGACCCCUCUCACAGUGUGUUUCAGUUCAUCAAAGUAAAACCUUUUGUUUGCCAAAGAAAUGUCAUGUUUGGUUGCCCCUUUGCAAACCAAGCUAGCUAGCGCUAGCGUUAGCUGUUAACUUGAGGGAAACAUUGCUGAUUUUCAGGCAGCUCUGUGUCACUGCAGCGCGGGCAGUACUCGCAGAUGAACUCGAUGACGUACGUCGGCCGGUUGAAAAUUAGCAAAUGUUCCAUCUUAAGCGUUUAGCUUAGCACAGCGCCUUUGAAACAACACUGGCCUAACGCUCCUCCCAAGCGCCACUCUGAUGCCAAAUAUGGUCAUUUCUGGUUCCAAAAACCAAGAUGGCGAUGGCAAAAAUGUUACUCGAGGCUUCUAAACAGUAGUCCACAAAACAAUGGAUGAUAUCACAGUAGCUAGGUGCACUUCAUUUAUACAGUCUAUGGUACAGACACUUUAACACGAUGGAUGCUUCCCCGGCAUUAAAGCUUUGAAUCCAGAUCUUCCAGCUUAAAGCCACAGUGUGUUUGCGUUUUCAGCGAUUCUUACAAAAUUCUUAUGAGGGCAUAGUUUUGUUUUAUUGUAAAAAGACAAUCUUCGUGAAGAUCUAUGUGUUUAGUUCACCCAAUUCUGUCUUUUUUUUUUGAUACUGCCACUUGAGGGCACCAAAGUUGGACAUUUUCUGAUUCUACAUAGUGGCUUUAAUGACGGUUGCUCUUCUCAGUGGGCUCUACUAACCUGCUACUCUAAAGCAUAUCUUGGUAAACUAAUAAGUAACCAAACUAAACUCACAGAACUGUUUGUUGUAAGUCCCCAAAACAUCACAGUAUUUUGACACCAAGAGGGAAGUUUAUGAUCUGGUGAAUAUAACCAAUAAAAAUUGACCAUAAAGUAGAUCACUGAGAUAAUCAAUUGAAUGCAUUACAAUGGUUUACACCAGGGGUCUUCAACGUUUUUCUAAGCCAAGGACCCCUUAACUAAAAGAGAGAUGGGGCAUGGACUCCCUAUUACUUAUCAUGUUUAAAUGUUAAACAUACAUGUAGCACAGUGAACCCUUAGGAUGAACUGUGUAUGUGGAUGGCCUUAGUGACUACCUUACCUAUGGGCCAGUUAGCAGUGGGGAUUGAUGUUUGCUAAUAAUAUGUUGGAUUCAUGUUAAGACUUUUGGUAACACUUUACUUGAAGGUAUCUACAUAAGAGUAACAUAACACUGUCAUGACACAUGAACCCUAACCCUAACAC